AUGGAUCGCUACACGCCGUCCUCAGACGCCUACUAUGAUUCGGCUGAAAUUGAGGUGCUAGAACAUUACGAAAUCAAUAGGGAACGUCAUAAAGAUGAACGUGACGGGAUUCAGAAGAAAACAUUCACAAAAUGGGUAAACAAACAUCUAGCGAAGGCUGGUUCCAAAGUAGAUGAUCUCUUUGUCGAUUUACGAGAUGGUUUUUCACUGAUUACAUUGCUCGAAGUUCUUACUGGAGAACGACUGCCACGCGAAAACGGUUAUACUCGAUUUCAUAGGAUUCAAAAUAUUCAGUACUGCCUUGACUUCUUGAGGAAGAAGAGUAUCAAAUUAGUUAACAUCCGACCGGAGGACAUUGUGGAAGGAAAUGGAAAACUCACACUUGGUCUGAUAUGGACCAUCAUCCUUAACUUCCAAGUAUCUGUAAUUAAGCGACGACAAUUAGAAGAGCAGCUGAAUUCUCUUAGCCAUAACAAUAGGACUCAGGUCACUGAGGCGCUACACGCAAGCGAUGCAUCUUCGGCUCGUGAUGCUCUUUUGCAAUGGGCCCGAAAGGUGACCAGCGGUUAUCCUCGUGUAAAUGUGACCAAUUUUUCCUCCUCGUGGAAAGAUGGUCUUGCUUUUAAUGCGAUUCUUCACCGGUACAGACCGAAUCUCAUUGACUGGAACAAGGUCAGCGACUCGUCAGUGUCGAACCGCGAGCGUCUUGAGACCGCCUUCGCAGCAGCGGAGAGGGAAUUUGGUGUGGAUCGACUACUCGAUCCACAAGAUGUCGACACGGAUCAUCCAGAUGAGAAAUCCAUCAUCACCUACGUCUCAUCUCUUUACAAUGCUCUACCACACCUUCCCGAACUCACUAAGCUUUUAUCGCUGCAACAACGAUACAUUGUGGAAGUACGGAAAUGGAUGGAAUGGCUUGAUAGAUCGAUCGUUUCUAUGAAUGAUCCGAUAUCGACAAUAUCAGCAACCGAAUCCUUAGCAGAAAUGGAAAAAUUUCGUACUGAAUCCCGAACAAUCUAUGAAGAAGAGUAUCAUCGUUUACUGGAAACAUACGAAUAUUUGCAUCGUCACUUGUCUGGCACUGAGCACUUUUGUAUCCCACAUAAUUACACCGAGCAUUCGUUGACUAAUGCAUGGCUGAAUCUCACUCAACUGAGUGAGAAAAGAUUUAACAGAUUGCAAUCGGCAAUCGUAGAGAGCAACUUGAGUGACCUGAUAAGUAGACUGACAAGAGGAAUUGGUAUCACUAACGAGAAACUCGACCUAAUACUCAAUCGUAUCGAAGAAGUGGAGUCACGUGUGGACUCAGCUCGCGCCGGAGAAAUCGAACGAGCAGUAAACGAAAUCGUCGAUGAUUUGAAUGCGUUAGAGAUUCCCAUUGGAGGAUUCUUUGAAGAUGUUGAAGAACUAAAAGCAAAUAAUCAUCCAGAAGCGAAUGAUUUCUAUCGACAAGUAUAUGGACUCCAUCAACGUCGUACUGCUUAUUUGGAUCGUCUCACUAACCAAAUACUUGUUCGCCUUGGUGUGCGCACUGAGACUCUAAGAAAGGAGAACGCUGCACGCCUUGAAUCCAUUCGUACUGCGUCAUUCAACCGUGUCCAGGAAUGUAUUGAAUGGGUUCGCGUUCGAUUGGAAAAACUCUCCGAAAUGGAAUUCUUAGAAGAUCUGGAGACAUUAGAAGAGAUGUUUGAACAACAUAAGCUAGACAAUCGGGAUAUUCAGGAUUUCCGUCAAAAUGUAGACGAAUGCAUUGCACGUCAGGCUGAGGUCUCAGCAGAGGACACUUAUGAGUACUGCGAACUUCUUCGUGUACUGGAGUCCGAAUAUCAACAGUUGAGAGAUUUAUCUGCCGGAAGAAUGCUUGACUUGGACUCUUUGAUCGCUUUUGUACGAGCUGCACAGUUGGAACUGGUCUGGGUUUCGGAACGUGAAGAGAUCGAAGUGACGCGUAAUUGGUCAGACAUCAAGCAGUUGGAUCUUCCGAUGUUAACAAACUACUAUAAGCAGCUUCUUCAUGAGAUGGAAUUGCGCGAGAAACAGUACAACGAUGUACAUAAUCAGGGAGCGGCUCUACUCAAUCAGGGUCAUCCGGCUGUUCAUGUUAUCGAAGUGUACUUAAGAACCAUGCAAAAUCAAUGGGAUUGGCUACUAGCUUUGAGUAAAUGCUUGGAAGAACAUUUACGAGAUGCACUCAAUCUAAAAUCGUUCACUGAGGAGGCGGCGGACGCUGAAGCGUGGAUGGAAGAGCAAGCUGUUCGCCUGGAAAACAAUUAUAAUCGCACAGACUUCGAUUUGGAAGAAGGAGAAAGAUUACUUCGUGAAUUGGAUGAAAUGAAGGACAUUCUGAACAAGUACCACUCAGUUUUGAUGGCGCUCACCGAACGUUGCGCUACGAUCUCACCGCUUUGGCAGCGAGGAGAACGGAUUACGCGACCUAUCGCUGUGACAGCGUUGUGUGAUUAUUCGGAUAAGAAUGUGCACAUCAAAGCCGGCGACGAGAUAACACUAUUGGACAAUUCUGAUCUCAUCAAAUGGGUCGUCCGCGAUCUAUCUGGAGCUGAAGGAACUGUUCCGUCGGUGGUGUUCCGCAUUCCACCUCCUGAUCCUAAACUGACAGCUUAUUUGAACCGCCUUCUACAACAAUUCGAGAAACUGAGGAAGUUAUGGGAGAAGAAACAUCGUAUGGUUCGCUUCAACAUGGUAUUGAACACCAUGAAAACCAUCCAAGGUUGGGAUCUGGACACAUUCAAUGCAAUUGAUCCUGACCAACGUGACGCUAUCAUGCGCGCUCUAAACGACGAUGCUAACAAAUUACUAGCUGAGAUGGAUCCGAAUGACCCUCUUGCCUUACGUUUGAAAGAGGAGCUUAGGCGCACCAAUGAACACUUCUGGAACCUCUUGAAUGCCAGUCAGAAGCCGCCUGAGCCUGAUCAUUCAUCGUUGUUCGAUGAGAAGAUCGGUGACCUUCUUAGAAAGUUGGAGGACGCUUGGCGAAAGCUUAACGAUAACGCUGGAAAACCAAUUUCGAGAACUCCAGCUGAAUUAGAGGGGGUAAUAGUCGAUCAUAAGAGCUUUGAAGAUGCCCUACAGGCUUUGGACGCGGACGUAGCCAAUGUCAAGGAACUUUUCCGGCAACUUCCGAAUCCUACCCCUACCCAACGCGUCAACAGUGACCGCCUUAACAGCCUCUGGGAGGACCUUUGGGAUUUGUCACGUAUGUAUGUGGAGAGAAUUAAGGUCCUGGAAUCUGUCCUGAACGGAAUCCUCGAGGUGUCGGAUAUCGUUCGAGCGCAUGAGAUCACCUUGAACUCGUUCGACGACCUACCUGCAGCUCUUGACAAACUACGCGGUCAUCAUUCACAACUUUUAGAAAUGAAUAUGGUGCUACAGCAACAACAAACUGUCAUAGAUACCUUGAACAAGAACGUCGCUCUACUAAGACAACAUGUAGCUCGUACACGUAUCGGCCAGAGCAGUCAUCCAGACGUUGACAGGAUUGAGGAUGAGGUCCAACAACUCAACGUACGAUGGGAGAACGUUUGCGCUCAAGUAGCUGAGAGACUGAAGGCUGCCGAACGUGCCCUUCAAACACAGAUGGUCUACAGAAGCGAAUAUGAAAAUGAAAUGGCAUGGUUGGAUCGUGUCGAAGAAACGAUUAAUAAAUUACGCAAACCAGAAGAACUACAUCCGGAACAAUACCAACAACAACUUGAUCUUCUUGUAGCUGAAUACGCUCAACUUCAAGAACGCACGGAAGCGAUUGAAAAUGUGAACAGAGAAGGAGGCAAAUUUAUUCGUGAAGCAAAGGGAUACGAUAGCCGCAUGGGUCAAUUCCAUGACACAAUUGUGGGGAUUCAUGGACCUGCGAUAAAACAAGAGUUCCGUCGUACAAAACCACAACCGAAGAAUGGAGCUCAAAUAGUGACUGAAGAGUUAGAGGCGCUGAACAGAAGAUUUGCUCAAUUGAGCAGUUUAAUCCUUGAAAGACGCAACAACAUGCAAGUGUUGAUUCAGAAUUGGAAGCGACAGAAGCAGGAGGAGGAAGACAGAAGGAAAGCUGAUGAAGAAGCGAAACGCCGUGCAUUUGAGGCAGCUCGUUUGAAGGCUCUUGAGGAUGCAGAUAGACUGAGAAGAGAGCGAGAAGCCGCAGAAGCUGCGCGUCGUGCCGCUGAAGAGGCGGACAGAGCAAGACGACUCGCUGAAGAGGCAGAUAGAGCUAGGAGAGCAGCUGAAGAAGCUGAAAGGCGGCGUCGAGAAGAAGCAGAACGCAAACGAAGAGAAGAUGAGGACAGAAAGAGACGAGAGGACGAGGAUCGUCGCCGACGUGAAGAAGAAGAAAGACGAAGACGCGAAGAGGCAGAGAAAGAAAGACGGCGACGAGAAGAUGAAGAUAGAGAUAGGCGACGACGUGAAGAUGAAGACAGAGAAAGGCGACGACGUGAGGAUGAGGACAGAGAGCGACGUCGACGAGAAGAAGAAGAAAGGCGUCGACGAGAAGAAGAAGAAAGGCGUCGUAGAGAAGAAGAAGAGAGGCGACGUAGAGAACAAGAAAAAAAGAAGAUGCCUCCUCUCAACAUUGUGCAAGGUAACCAAAUGCAUGAGGUGGUUGGUCAAGAGAAUCCUGAUGAAUGGGAAGUGAUGGGAGAUCUACCCGAUGUGGCGAAAAUCACAGAACACGAGGAUGAAAUGCAAAUGUAUCAGGAGGAAACUGUCACUAAAACACAAUUCUAUGAAAUGGAAGGCACCUUGCAUAAGCAAACAGGAGAAAUCCUCACAUUCGUCGAGGCUGUUCGCCAGGGACUACUUGAUCUCAGCGCUGGUGGUGGCCAAUUCUUCGAUAUACAUUCUGGUCGUAUUAGUCUUGAGAAAGCCGUUGAGCUUGGGUACAUUGAUGGCACAUUCAAUGACGUUCUGAACACCCGUUACGGUAUUCGACAUCCAGAAACAAAGAGAGAAUUAACACUUCUCGAAGCCAUCCAGAUAGGCUUGUACGAUCCUGAAACUAGACACCUUUACGACAUACACAGCGGUGAAAUGCUUGAGCUCUACGACUGGGUUGCUAAGGGAAUCCUCACAAUGGAAACUCAAAGAAAGCUAGUCAAAAUGGGCAUUCUAAAGCUUCCCCCUAUGGCGUUGCACAGCGCGAUUGAUCAGGGUGUCCUGAAUACCGUUUCCGGACAAUUCGUCGGCAAAUAUUCUCAUGAGUCAAUGCCAAUUAGAGAUGCGCUCUAUCAUGGCUACCUUCAACUUGUCUCUCUUCAACAAAUACCUAUGAUCGCUAUUACUCUCACUGAUGCGAUCAAAGAAGGAUUCAUUAAUGCUAACAAUGGUGAGUUCGUCGACAAGAACACCAAGGACACCUUCACUCUCAGAGAAGCAUGUUCGAAGCAGCUAGGCCUUCUUAAUCUUUACGUGCCCGAGGUUGUGAACACCGCGGAGAACACACGGUUGGACCUGAAAGACGCUAUGCUGCGCAAUGCAAUCAAUACUCGUAACGGAAACUUCACCGAUCUUCAGACUAGGCGCUCACUAUCUCUUCGUGAAGCUUAUGCCGAAGGCUUAAUUUCAAAGCCUUCGACAUUGACUGAAAUGCUGGAAAAAGAUCUUAUCGACUCCACCAAUCAUUUCAUCGACCGUGGAACUAAACAUAGACAUACAAUUCUUGAAGCUAUAGCUGCUGGGCUUUUAGAUGCUGAAGUUCGGCACAUUGUUGAUCCUGACGAGAAGGACGUAAUUUCCAUAGCAGAGGCGAUGGAGAGAGGAAUACUUGGCGCUGAUGGAAAAAUCAUUCUCGAAAAACAGCAGAAGGAGUUCACUAUUCCCGAAGCUGUUAGGGAAGGACUUCUUACGAAACGAGUUCGUCACAGUAUCUUUGAUGUCAGAGGCAUACAGAAUACACGCACAGGUCAAAGCAUGAGUUUUAAUGAAGCUUGCGAAGCUGGUGCGAUCAUUCCUAAUGCUGAACGUGUUGUUGACCUUGCAACUCAGGAAAGCUUCCUCAUAUCCGAUCAAAAGGCGACGUCAAUUAUAGAUCAGACACUGCACGAGCUUCUUGUGAAGCCCGUUGGCAUCAGGGAUGAUCGCGGUGACUACAGUCUGAACCUUGUGAGGGCAGUGUCGAAAGGCAUUGUAGAUCCUACCAAAGCCGUUUUCUUCAACAGAAAUACCAAACACGAGAUGUCUGCUCGUGAAGCCUACGAUGCUGGUCUCGUAAGUCUUCGUGGAGCUAUCCAAGUUGCUGCCUUGUUUGAUGUGUCGCCCUCUCUUAUAGCUCCGGUUAAAAAGGUUGAGCAGAAAAAACGCGUCAGUCGUCCGGGACAAACAGGAUUCGAGCUAGCUACAGACCAAGUUAAAGUAACUCUUGCUGAGGCUAUGAAACAAGGUCUGAUAGAUUCUCGAAAUCAACGAUUCCGACAAGGUGAUAUUGAUAUGAGUCUCGAUGAUGCUCUAAACCAAGGUCUCGUUGAUCCAUCUAGCGAAUGGAUUGUACCAUCAAAGAGCAAUGGCGUUGGACCGACAAUUGAGGAGAAAACAACGGAAUCCAUCACUGAAACUGGCCAACAGCUAGCUCCUAAAUACUAUCCAGAUAAGAAUAUUGAGGAGUCUGUAACAACUGUUAAGCGUGUUCGCACUACUGAGACGACUGCUCUUGGCGGUCCAGGUGGUGUCUCAGUUUACAGAGCAAUCACUGGAGGCAAGGGAGCAAUGGAGGUACCAGUAAAUGGGUACCACAUUUAUGAGGCUGAGCGCAAAGGUAUAAUUGACCUCAGCUCUGGCAAUAUCACUUCACCCAAUGUCGACCGAGCCAUUUCCUUCGCUGACGGAAUUGAACUAGGUGUUAUUGACUCCUCUUCUAUCUCUGUGAAAGAUCCUAAAACUGGACGCCUUAUCAACGUUAAGGAGGCUCUUGAAAAGAAAAUCAUAGCCACAGAUGGAUCCAUUUCGCAUCAAGGACGAUCACUUACCAUCGAAAAAGCAAUUGAAGCUGGUCUUAUUAUAAUCGAUGCUGAAGCUGUUGUACCUGCUGGUGGUGGUUCCAAGAAUAUCAUUCAUAUUCCAUCUGGAGGAGGUCCCGUUAUCAGUUUCCGUCCAGUUGGGGUGCCCGUGGUAGAAGAGGCGGAGCAGUCUUGGUCAUUCGAUUCUACCAAAGGUCUUCUUGUCGAUCAUCUUUCAGGCGAACGGCUUACCCUUGAACAAGCACUUCAUUCGGGAAAAAUAACGCCCGAAGAUCUAGCCGUUCGUGAUGCUCUCACCGGGCGAGAAAUGUCAUUUGUUGAAGCUGAAAAAUGGGGUAUCAUAGAUAAGAGAGGCUAUUACCUUGACAAGAUUGACAACAAACGGUUGUCCUUUACUGAAGCUGCUCAGCAGCAUCGAAUUUAUCCAACGGGAGGUGUUCCCGAUAACGCUGGCGAUGCUGUGCACACAUCUGUAAAAGUGCAAACUAGAACACAGGUUGCUAAGAAGGAAGCGACAUCGACUGGCACUGCUCACGGUGAAAACACUCUUGGAAAAGCAUUAAGCUUAGGAUGGUACGACUCGAAGAGUGGUAUGUUCACUCAUCCGGAUACAAACCGUCAAAUGACUCUCAAAGAAGCAAUAAUUAAAGGCCUGUUCAAUCCCUAUGACACAACUGUCUUGGAUAGAAGAAACAACAAAACGUUGUCUCUCUUGGAGGCCAUUCAGGAAGGCAUUGUUGAUGAUACCGCAGGUACAGUGCUGGAUACUCAAACACAGAGGAAACACGAUCUCAACUCCGCCCUUCAGGCGGGAAUUCUUCAGGGAAAAAGAUUUGGCGAUUCCCUUGAGUCGGGUUUGUUUUCGGGUCGUCUUGAUUUGGCCACAGGACACUAUACACAACCUGGAGGAGCCCCACUACCACUCCAUGAAGCCCUCAAAAAGAACUUGGUGGACCACAGUUCGGUUGUUGUUCGUGAUCCCGCAAGCGGAGUCGAAUAUUCCUACAAGGAAGCGAUUUCUCGUCGGAUUGUAGAUCCUGAACGUGGACUCAUCCACAACCAACAGACCAAUGAAGCGACAAGUUUUCCGCAAGCGCUCACUACUGGUCUGAUAGCAGGAGCUGGCUCAACCUCUCGUCCUUCGCAUAGUGCUCACAAAAUUGUAGAACAAAAACUACAGCUGACACCGUUUGCUCCGAAACAAGUGCUGCCUUCAAGCAGGAAUGGAAGUGACAGGCACGAGUAUGUUGAUCUCGGUGGUGGCAAGCAGGUUAUGGUGAAGGUAGUACGGGGAGAAGGUGGUGUCGAAAAAGGAGAAUAUGUCGACCCUUCUACAGGUAUGAAAUUCACUAUCCAGAUGCAUGGUGAUCCAUUCGUUACUGAAACUAAAACAACAGUGAAAAGCACUUCACAAGUGCAGUCUGUAGAGCUUGAGCCACAUGCCGAAUUUGUCGGUAUCGACAGGAUUAGGGACAAGAGAAAUAAUCGUACCAUGUCACUGGAGGAUGCAAAAAGAAUGGGCUUAGCACGCGUGGAUAAGAAAGGCAAGCAGAUGACGAAAACCUACUCCGUUUUCCGAUCCAACAUCCAAAACGCGCUCAACAAUGGCGUGCUUGAUGCCCACAUGGAGAAGAUAAGUUUGGAGGACGCUAUUCGUGCUGGAAUUAUUGACAUUCGAGAGCUCAGCUACAGGAAUCCCAAAUCGGGCGAGUCGAUCCCACUCACACAGGCGGCCAAUAUGGGAUUGGUUGACGUCACCUUGGCAGAAACCCUGCCUAAGGGUGUAUGCAAUCCUGCUAACAACGAACGAAUACCAAUUAAAAGAGCAAUCGAGUUAGGCAUUGUAGACGCCCGAACAGGUGAAGUUCGUGAUCCUCAUACUCGUAAACGUCUAACUUGGCUUGACAUAAUCAAAUCUGUUUAUCAAGCUAUCACUAGCGAUGGGGUUUUCGAUCCUACAAAAGGCCAACGUGUUCCUGUCACAAACGCCCUCAACGAGGGCUUGAUAGACACAAAAAGUGGGAAAUACCACAAUCCCAUAACAUCGGAAGACAUUGAAUUGAAGGACGCAGUUGACCGAGGUCUCAUUGACAGUGGUACUUACGAUGCCAUCACAAAACCCUUCCUUGAAGAUUAUAGGACACAUCGUCACUUAAAUCUUAUUGAUGCUGUUGAAGCAAAACUAGUUGAUCCCAAAAACAAAACCAUCCAACUUUCUCGGCAAAGCAUCGUUCCUAUUGCUAAAGCGGUGGAGGAUGGACGAAUUCCCAGUGAAAUCGGUGAGAGACUCCGACAAAUCGACAAGUUAAAUUUCGCUGAGGCCUUGGGUAAGGGACUAAUUGAUGUGAGCUCAAAUAUCUUCACAGACCCAGACACCGGUCGUCAGAUCACAAUUGCUCAGGCUAUUGAGCAGGGAUACAUCGAUACUGGGAACGUAGAAGCUAUGGAAGGCUCUGAUGAGAAAAAUCUUUGCAACAUUCUCAAUUCUGAGGAGUUUGACGAGAACUCAGGGCGGAUUCGUGAUAAGCGAACUAGUUUGCACCUCACCUUUAAAGAUGCUGUUGAACGCGAUGUGAUAGACGGAGAUUCGCUGCUUCACGAUCUUGAGAGUGGGCAGACACUCACUCUCAAAGAAGCACUUUCCCGCAAGAAAAUCGACAGUGAUGGGAAAUAUAUCGCUGGGAAUCUUAAGAUGACAUUGAGGGAUGCAGUAAAAGGAGGACUCAUCGCACUGAUUGCCUCGCCGAUGCAGGCUGCACAAGCAGUCGCUGAAGCAGUGAAGCGAAGAGAUGCGGAGGGGUACAAGUUCAAAAUUGAGAAUGUGGAUGGAGGUCAACGAGGGAGUCGGACAAGCGUCCCUAAAUUCCGAGAGGAAAGCAGUGUGAUCCGAUUAACUCCUCAUAAACAAGAGCCUUCUCUUACCGUACGGAUGCGACAUUCUCAAACGAAUAUUGGAGACCGUGCCCGCAGCAUAAUUGACGACCCCUCUACUCUCGCAGAUCUACAGCAUGAAUUCUUAGCAAAUUUGGAAGCGAAUCGGUUCGAUACUGAUGAAAAGGUUAUCACUAAUCCGUCUGGUGGUCAACGACUUUCAGUUCGUGAAGCCGCUGAGACUGGUCUUCUUGAUGUGCUUACCGGUGAGAUUGUGGUUCCUGAUACUGGUCGGCGAUAUUCGAUCCCCAAGGCAGUCCACCUUAAUUAUGUGCAGGGCGAUGCUGCCAAGCGAUUGAUGGAAUCAUUAAAUAUGUCAAUUGAAGAACUAAAUCUCGCUCAGCAGCAGUCUGCACCUUCUCCCAGUGGUGAAGGUGGAGUAACCACAAGAACGUGGACAAAGACCGUAAACUGGCACGGACAACCAUCCGAGCUUAGGAAGUCACGAACAGAUCCUCUUGCCGCUUAUACUACCUACUCGUCGAGCACCACUGAAAAAACUCAUGACGCCCCGUCAUGGGCUCGAUAA